AUGUCCGCGUCCGCCGUCCUCAUCACCGGCGCCACCGGCAAACAGGGGGGCUCUCUGAUCCGCAGCCUCGUCAACCGCAGCGCCCCCUUUGAGAUCCUCGCGGUGACCAGAAACCCUUCUUCGGCCUCCGCCCAGAAGCUCGCGAGUCUCUCGUCGCGCAUCAAGCUCGUCCAAGGCGACCUGGAUAAUCCGAGCAGCAUCUUCCGAAAUGCCCAGCAGUUGACCAACACACCCAUCUGGGGCGUCUACAGUGUGCAGGCCGCAAUCAACAACGCCGCCGAAGAGCCGCAGGGCAAGGCGCUGAUCGACGAAGCGCUCCGGCAAAACGUCAAGUUCUUCGUGUACAGCUCCGUCGACCGCGGCGGCGAAACCCGCUCGUUCAACAGCCCGACCACCAUCCCCCAUUUCGUCAAGAAACAUAACAUCGAGCACCACCUUGUCGAACGCAGUAAAGACACGAACAUGGACUGGGUGAUUCUGCGCCCGACGGCGUUCUAUGAGAAUCUCACCCCCGAUUUCUUCGGCAAGGUCUUCGCGACGUGCUUUAAGAUGGCGCUGCAGGGGAAGCCGCUGCAGCUUGUUGCGACCAGUGACAUUGGCUUCUUUGGUGCUGAUGCGUUCAUGAAGCCGGAGGAGUACAAGGGGCGUGCGAUUUCGCUGGCGGGUGACGAGCUGACGUUUGAUGGGAUGCAGGCCGUGUUUGAGCAGAAGAUGGGGCGGCCGCUGCCGUUGACGUUCCGGCCGGUGUGCUCGCUGUUCAUGGCCAUGAUGAAGGACAUGGGGUACAUGUUCAAGUGGUUCCGGGAGGAAGGGUACGGCGCGAAUAUUGAGCAGUUGAAGAAGGUCAAUCCCGAGAUGAAGACUUUUGCGACGUGGUUGGAGAAGGAGAGUGCGUUUCGGAAGUAG